CUUAAAAUAACGUAAUUCAAAAAUUAUUCAAAAUUUAAAAAAUAAUAAUAAUAAAAUUGGGCCCAUUUCAUUUUUAAUUUUAAAUUCCUUGCUCUCUCACUUGCUUCGCCUCAGAUCUGAUCCAAAGAACCAUUUACAGAUCCUAGGCUCGGUCAUAUAAAAGUUUCUUAGGACAAUGGGUCGCGGAGUGAGCAGUGGUGGAGGACAAAGUUCUUUGGGCUACCUUUUUGGAAGUGGAGAGGCUCCAAAAGCAACUGCUAAUAAUGAAGCUCCUCAGAAUGUGGGACAGGUUGCAAACAAUGUACCUGCUCAAAAGCCCACUCCUGCUGCAGCACCUGGAGAACCCACCAAGCAGAUUCCAGCUGGUGUCCCAGCAAACACCACAAACAACUAUUUUCGUGCUGAUGGCCAGAACUGUGGCAACUUCCUCACUGAUAGGCCUACAACAAAGGUCCAUGCAGCUCCUGGCGGCGGUUCUUCACUAGACUACCUGUUUGGUGGUAAUGGGAAGUGAGGCAUCAUGCAUAGCUGCUGGGGCGAUUGCUGACUAUUGCUGCAGGGCUGUUUGAAUUGCAGGACAAACAGCAUUUUAACAUGUUAAAACUGGAAACAGUUAAUCUGUACUUGCAUAAGACAUACUACCCUAAGAAUGGGCUUUUGAUUCCUUUUGUACAACUUAUGAAUGCAUUAUGCUGAACAUCCAUAUUACCAUUUCUGAAGCCAGCAUUAGCUUAUUAUCAAUUGAGCCAAUUCUAUAAUAUUUUAGUUUCUAUCUCA